AGUUCGACCCUAGCGAUGUGGCGACACUGCAUACUCAUAAAUAGGAAUAUGGAAAAACGAGACACACUCAAUAAAUGAUCUGGGAAUUCUCAGGGAUAGCAAACUCAGUGAUGACAUGAUUUGAUAAUGAAAAUCGACCAUUUAAUAAUAAGUAAACAAAGGAGAUGAUUACAAAAUGGACUGUUAACAAAGUCAACAGAAAUGCCAGCUUUCUACAUAACGUGUAAAAAGCUUCAAAAGAAUUAAGUAAAUACAUAAAAAAAUAUUUUGAACAACCUAACAAUGGCAGUGAGAGGAUAUGACUACAGAGGCCCUAGCAGUGCUCCUAAGAGUGGGAAGUUGUAUAGCGACGACAGGGCGGCUUUGGAGGUUAAUGUUUCAAACAUAAAGGAGCACCUCAGACUAACAGAGCAAGUUCAGCUAUAUAAGGAUAAACUUUUACAAUGUUGUCAACCCAAUCAGCAAGUUCAUAACAUGAGUGCAACAAAACAUUUACAGAUUGAUGCAUGGAGAAAGGAGGUGAAAUUCAAAGAUGAGGACAUGAAUAAACGUUCGCAACAGGCUAAAAUUGCCUAUGAGGAGGAACCAACGAGUAUUAGAUGGACAAGCUCAAAAUCGAUACCACGCAAGAAAUCAAACAUAUUCAGCAAACAAGAUAAAAGGGAAAAGCCGUUAUCAGUAUUUCAGAACUCAGAUGAUCCGUAUACUUUAGAUACAGUUGCUAAGAAUGUUGCUGGUAUUACAAAUCAUUAUAACAAUGAACGAGACUCAAUUGCAAGUGAUACAAGCCCUAGAUCAGUUACAACCACAAAUACGCAUAUUAAUUCCAGUGGAAGUGCAAUUCAUAGGGAUAAACUACAAAACAACCUGAACUCAAGAAACAAUUCCCACGAGACUGACGUAAAUACAAACCCCGAAGCGAGUGACAGUAACAGUUCACGGGAGGAUAUUCCAGUCUUCCUUAACAAAGACUCCGUCGUGAAAAUCGAAGUGCCUAAUUUGCUGUCAUAUAGUGGUGAUACAAAUCCCUCACACCAGAAAGCAAUCCAAUCUCAUGAAACAUUUGUGCGACCAUAUUCCACACCAUUCACGCAUUACAACAGUUCACCUACUCUUUCCUCUGGUUGCCUGUCGGGGUAUAAUAAAGCUGUCGAACGUGGUUUUGACACUCUGCUAAAUAACUCAAAUGGAGUAACAUAUAAUCGAGCAAAAAGUGGACUAUUUGAUAAAUCAGCUAAAAAGAGAAUAAGAGUACGAGAAGGCGAGAAAUUCAGAGCUCGUAACGAGAUCCUGCGUGACAUCAUGCACUCUUCCAUGCAGGAAAGAAUGAGUCCUAGGCCUAAAAGUGGAUUAAGUAAUACGCCAAAAUCUUCUCGAUCUCAAAAAAGUGCUACUGUAACCAGAAGACCAAUGACAGUACCAGCUGUUAUUAGAGACCCGCCAACGAAGAGAAUGCCAGACAGUUUUCUUAAAAUGUUGGUUCAUAAGCUCGAAUCUGAAAGUAUCAGUGAAAAAUCCUCGCAGAAAAAGGUAGAACAAUAUAAACGACCUACGGAACAAAUUGUUGAAGCUCAUGAAAAAGUGGAUUCUCCUCCUCCAAGUAUAAUAACUACUGAUCAUUCAGACGAAUCCAACAAUGCAAAACCUAAUGUAAAAACAAUUGAUAUUGUUGAGCAAAUGUCAGAAUUACUUGGUAGUAUUGCUGAGGUGGAUGCAGCAUGUGACGUUAACUUCGAAUUAGGUGCAAGCAAAAAUUUGUUCAUAUGACCAAUGUAAACAAAACAUGAAUUCAAAUGAGGAUCAGGGUAUUAUGUUCUAAGUAUUCCUUCAGGCUCAAUGCUCCAUUAUAAUAAUAAUAUAAUCCAAGACAGGACUUUGAAGUUGUAAUUAACAAUUUGGAGAAAUUUAAAUCUUUUGAGAUGUUACAUACUUGCUUUUUGAGUUCCAAUAUAUAAGAUAUUGCAUCUUAGGUCACCCACCCUCUAUCUAUUUACAUUAAAGGGUGUCCAUAAAGUUUCUUUAU